UUUCAGUCAUCAAAAUAGAGCACACAUCUUUGGCGUAGACCCAAUAUGGCUGCCAGCGAAGAAUUGGAUGUUGUGGAUAGCUGGGAAGAAAUUGAAGACUCUGGAGUCUUGGAUAGAAAAUUCUUACCAUCACCUACAGCACCAGAAGAGACUGAGAAUGUUAACCCUGUUAUGUCGAAUGGGCCAAUAAUUUUGCAAAGCAACCCAUUUCCAAUGCCGGAACCUGCAGUGAAAAUACUUAAAAGGCCUCAGAGGACUGCUCAGGGUAAUGGAAAUGGACACCUGCUUAAUGGUGAUACCAAACCCCGUCAGCCUGUAAGAACCCUUCAGCAGCGUGAACAAGCUUAUGCUGAAGCUAGAUUACGAAUCCUUGGUGAAGCUCGAAGUCCUGAGGAACAACACCUGCCCUCAACUGACGAUAGGAUAAGCAAAAUACAGACAAAAAUGGAGGUGUUGCGAACGUCAGAAACUGGCAACAUUUUGCGUCAUCCGAAGGGACCCGACGGAACGAGAGGAUUCAAUUUGCGUAGAUAGUGCCCUUAGGAGCACUACGUUAUUGAUGUCUCCUGCCUUGCCUCUUCCCGUGACAAUACAGACUAAUUAAUUGACAUUGCCUACAUUUGAGGUACAUGGGAGAAGGGAGAAUUCACAACCAAUAUUUGUGAUGUGAUUGUACAUAAUUGCGUGAUUUAUAUAGUGAAAACAAGACAAUGCCUAGUUGUAUCAGCUUGUUGUGGCAUAACUUAAGAGACAAUUGUGUUGAUAUUUUGAUACAUUUAAUGGACUCGCAGUUCUGUGUGUGUGGACCCUAUGGAAAUGAAAACCAGUGAUGAAACAACCUCUCAUAUACAUAAUCAUAUACAUAUUAUAUAUCAUACACUCAUUUCAUUGCCAUGGAUGUUGUGUUGUUAAAAUUUUAUAUAUGUUUUAGGUUUUAUGGUUUUUUUUAUAGACUGUUUUCAGUUGCAAAUAAUUUCACACGUUUCUGUGGCAUUUUGAUUUCUGCUGAUGAUUUCAACUUUCUUGUUGUGAUAGAAUAAGUGAUGGAAACAGGACAAUACCUUACCAGAUAUUUCUUCUUCUUCAUCACCGUCGUAGUCAUCUCUCUCUCUCUCUCUCUCUCUCUCUCUCUCUCUCUCU